AUGCAUGACGAUACACUUGGUGACGAAUUACUUUUCAAUGUUGAUACAAUCACGGAAUGUACACCGACCACUAUGAGUGAGGAAAAUCCACAACCAUCGACUAGUGGUUUAACUCGACCGAUAUACGAAGAUAUUAGUAGUGAUGAUAAAAAACAUUCAGAUAUGGAAGAAGCAAGCGGACAAGAAGAUUGUGAUGACGUUAAAUACAGUAGUAGAAGAAGUAGCAGUAGUACCUGUAGUAGCAGUAGUAGCAGCAACAGUAGCGAGGAUAAUAAGGAAAAUCCACAACCAUCGACUAGUGGUUUAACUCGACCGAUAUACGAAGAUAUUAGUAGUGAUGAUAAAAAACAUUCAGAUAUGGAAGAAGCAAGCGGACAAGAAGAUUGUGAUGACGUUAAAUACAGUAGUAGAAGAAGUAGCAGUAGUACCUGUAGUAGCAGUAGUAGCAGCAACAGUAGCGAGGAUAAUAAAUGGCGAAGGGGAACGUCCACAGUUUAUCAUUGA